GUCUCCGCCCGCAGGAAGGGAGAGGAUGGCGUGUGGGACGUGGACAACGGCCGCGCCACGGAGAACAACGCCACGCAGUACACCGUCGGGGAUCUGAUGCCCUUCACUGUGUACUCCUUCAGGGUGGUUGCCGUCAACGCCCUGGGCAUGAGUCACCCCUCCAAGGAAUCCUACUACAUGAUAACCCUGAGAGAGCUGCCGGAGGGGAAACCAAUAUUCACCGCGGCCCACAACGCCUCGUCCACCAGUCUCGAGCUGCACUGGAAGGCGCCCAACCAUUCCACUAUACACGGGGAGUUUCUGGGCUACUACAUAACGCUGCGGCCCAGGGACAUCCCCAACCUGAGGAAGGACCAGGAAGUGAACGUGACCAUCAAGGACCCAAAAGUGACCAGUCACCUGGUCACCGGCUUGAGAACCUACACGCAGUACCUUGUGUCGCUGCAAGUCUUCAACCCUGAGGGACGUGGACCAACCUCCACCGUGGCCGUCAUGACGGAUGAGGGCGUGCCGGGUCCGCCCGAGAACCUCACACUGCUCAGGAUCCACGACCGCUCCGUGGACCUGCAGUGGAACGAGCCCACGCAGCCCAACGGGGAGAUCCGGGGCUACCGAGUCUACUUUAUGAAAGGAAACUUCACCAGUGUCAAAACUGUCCGGUCCAGCGAGCCCAGCAUCCAGUUCUCCCUGCCCGGCCUGGAGCCCAACACCCAGUUCCGGAUAUGGACGAAGGCUUACACACAGCGCCACGAGGGCAAGUCCUCCCAGCCGGUGAUGGUGUCCACGGACCUCUCGGGGCCGGGCGCUCCCGUCAUCUCCAACCUCAGCUGCCAGGCGGACGGGGAUAUUUACCUCCAGUGGCUGAGGCCGGAGAAACUCUACGGCACUGUUGACCUCUACUACAUCUACUACCGACCCGAAGACUCCUUUGAAUUCGAAGAAAUUGCCGUAAAUUCCGUGAACAACCGCCGAGAGCACAAUUUCCUCCUCACUAACCUCACCUUCAACACCAUGUAUGAAGUCAAGGUGCGCGGGGGGACCUACUCUCGCUUCUACUCCGAGAACAACAAGACUUACAAGGGGCCGUUCUCGCACCCCCGGAAGAUUUUGCUGUACCCGGACUGCCACAAGAUGCCACAUCCGGACAGUGUUGGGACGGGUUUUGAAAUGAGUGCCGGGAUCAUUGCCGGUAUUAUCUGUGCCACUUUCGCCCUUUUCCUCCUGGUGGUUGCCAUGAUCAUUUGGAGGCAAGUGCAUAAACGCCAAAAGCAGCGAUUCUUUCAAGGGGCGUACAACUACCUAGAUGAUCCUCCGAAAACUGUCCCUGUCCUCGUACACGACUGGGAGAACGACACAGGCGGGGAGGGCUCCUACGGCCCCAUUGAUGUGCAUGACUUUGCCAAGCAUGUGGCAGAUCUACAUGCAGAUGGAGACAUUGGGUUUUCCAAAGAGUAUGAAGCAAUACAAGCAGCCUCAGCCCAGGAGCACCACCCGGCGGAACACUCACAGCACCCAGAGAACAAGCAAAAGAACAGAUACCUGAACAUUGUUGCUUAUGACCACACCCGUGUACCCCUGCGACCUUUGCCCGGCCAGAAGAAAGCCAUUGAAUACGUCAAUGCCAAUUAUAUUGAUGGCUAUGAGAAGGCCCGGGCCUACAUAGGCACCCAGGGCCCUCUGCCCUCCACCUUUGAUACCUUCUGGCGCAUGGUGUGGGAGCAGCGCGUCCACAUCAUCGUCAUGAUCACAAACCUCGUGGAGCGAGGAAGGGAAACUGUUAAAAAACAGCCAAAGCUAGCUACCCAAUGCCUAGAGAAAAAGUGUGACCAGUAUUGGCCCAAGGAAGGCAGUGAGCAUUACGGUUUGAUACAAGUCCGGUUAGUACACGAGGAAGUUCUCGCCACCUACACCAUAAGGAAGUUUGCAAUUAGGCACACAAAGAUUAAGUGUAAGAAGUCUGGCGGAGGCGAGCGCAUGCUGUACCAGUACCAUUACACAAACUGGCCAGACCACGGCACCCCAGACCACCCCUUGCCAGUCCUCUCCUUUGUCCGGAAAUCUGCUGCAGCCAACCCAGAAGAUGCAGGUCCAAUUAUAGUUCACUGCAGUGCUGGAGUAGGCAGGACAGGCACCUACAUAGUGCUUGAUGCCAUGCUGCAGCAUAUUCGUGCUAAGGGGCGACUCAAUAUAUGGGGUUUUCUUAAACACAUUCGCACACAGCGAAACUUUCUCGUGCAAACUGAAGAACAAUAUAUAUUUAUUCACGAUGCCCUGUUGGAAGCCAUCCAGAGUGGGGACACCAAUAUUCCUAGUGCCGGGACCAGCAGAUACAUCCGCAUGCUGCAGGCCCCAGACAACUCCCAGGAGAAGCCCCAGCCGUGGUAUCUCCUCAAUCAUCAAUACAAGCUCAUCACUCAUUUUCAACCCCGUGAUUUCAACGUGGUGAGUGCCAUGAAGCCAGUGAAUAGGGAGAAGAACCGCAGCACGGACCACCUGCCCAUGGAGAAUGGGCGAGUGCACCUCACGCCCAAGCCAGGUGUGGACGGCUCUGACUACAUCAACGCCACCUGGCUCAUGGGCCACCAGAGGCUGAGGGAGUUUAUCAUCACGCAGCAUCCUCUGCCAAAUGCCAUACUGGACUUCUGGCAGAUGGUUUGGGACCACAAUGCCCAGACUAUAGUGGUGUUAACAGCUGUGGAUGAGGACCAAGGAUUCCCACAGUUCUGGCCGGCCCAGCACGAUGACUUUGACUCUGAGCACUGGAAGGUUCGGUACUUGGAGGAGAAGCUGAACUCAGGGUUAGUGGCUGUGGAAGUUGCUGUACAAAGUCUACAAGACGACUAUGAGCUGCCAGUCAGAUUAAUCCACGCCCCGGGCUGGCCCCACACCCUCCCUGCCCUCACCACCACUCUGAGCCUUGUGUCACUCAUUUCGGAGGCACACACAAAUUACCAGAAUGGGCCUCUAAUAGUUGUUGAUAGGUUUGGCGGCACUGAGGCGGCGACGUUCUGUGCCCUGACGACACUCAGAAGUCAGAUGGAGUUUGAGCAGUGCCUGGACACCUACAUGUAUUGUAAACUUUACCACAACAGACGACCAAGCAUAUGGACUAGUCAAGACGAUAUACUGUUUAUAUACCGAGCCAUGGAGUCUUACGUGGAGAGUGAAGGGAGCCACAGCGGCAGCAGCAGCGACAUGGCGGGGCUCAACGACCCCAUCAUCACCAUGCCGCCCGUCACCACCAUCACCCCGAUAGCAUCAGUCACACCCAAGGCUCCUCCCUCACCGCUCCCUCUCAGCACUCCCCCAUCUUCACCCACUGCACUGCCCCUCCCCACGGCUAGCACGCCUCCACCCAGUACUUGUGCUAACGGCCAGGUGCCCUCCAAUGGACAUGCAAUGCUUACCGGCAAUGGGACAGUGCGAGUCCCUCCGGAAGGCAUGGAGGAUGCGCCUCAGGCAACAGAAAUCCCUCCAGUCUAAGAAAACACUUUGUGAAGUCAUUUGAACUGAGUUACUCUUUUUAGACUUACGUGUCCCAUGAAGUGAUUCCUGAAUGCACAGUGUUGAAGGAAGUUUUCAAGUUAUGAAUCAUUCUGUGAGUGAUUUGUACACAGCACGUUGUGGUGUUUAAAGCAGAGGACAUACUUAUGCUUCUUUGACAGUGUGACAGUGACCAAGUGCUUGAAGAAAUAGAAAAUUUCACCAGAACUCACACAACAUUACCCUGAAGGGAAAACACACGAUGCAUUUAAUAAACUUUGAAAAGACAUAGCUGUAAGUGACUCAUUCGUCCGGGAAACUAAUAGACUUGGUUGCUGUAGACCAGCAGUAAAAGUAGGCUCCUUGUGUAGCAGGGCGCACGCAGUGCCACCUCCUCCUCCUGCCUCAAGUUGAGGCCACAGGAAGGCUGUUGAUUCCCAGACACUCAUUAUAUAUAUAUAU